UGGGAGCCGCUCUAUGUCGACAUCUCUAUGGCGGAUCCCAUGCUUCGGAUCCCGUUCGUUUGGAUGGCGGAUGUGCCGAUGGAGGACUGAGGGAGUCCGCUCUAUCGGUGCUGAGAGCAGCAAAAGUUCUUCCUGUUUACAGCUUUCGACUGGAAAUGACUCAAGCGAGGCAGCCUCGUACCGGUGAAUGGUGGCAGACUGAGAUCAGGCGGAGCGGAGUCCAGGUUAUAAUAAUUUACUGCAUUUGGUAGAAGAUCAUUCUCCAGAUAUGGAAGAAGAUACUAGUCCUCUUCUGGUCCCUGUUGGAGGUGAUGAAAAUGACAUUGGGGCCCUCAAUAUUCAGUUUAACCCAGAAGACUUUAAGUACAAAAGGCCAUUCCAUAUAGAACCUACAAAUAUUGUUACUGUGAAUGAUGAUACGCAGAGAAUUACAGAUGAAGCUUCAGCAAUGAAUAAGCGGAUUCAUUACUACAGCAGGCUUGCGUCGCCCUCAGAUAGAGCACUGGUGGCUCCUGAUCACGUACUUCCUGCUCCAGAAGAAAUCUACGUGUAUAGUCCAUUAGGAACGGCUUACAAAAUAGAUGGCUGUACAGAUGGUUACGGCAAAAACUCAAGCAUAGUAACUAUAUUUAUGAUCUGGAAUACAAUGAUGGGUACAUCUAUAUUAAGUAUUCCCUGGGGAAUAAAACAGGCUGGAUUUACCUCUGGAAUUGUUAUUAUUUUGUUAAUGGGAGUAUUGACACUUUACUGUUGCUACAGAGUUGUUAAAUCGAGGACAAUGAUACCUUUAAUAGAUACCUCAACUUGGGAAUUCCCAGAUGUUUGCAAGUAUUACUUUGGAUCAUUCGGUCAAUGGUCUAGCCUUUUGUUUUCGUUGGUAUCCCUUAUUGGAGCCAUGGUGGUUUACUGGGUCCUCAUGUCCAAUUUCCUUUACAACACAGGGGUAUUUAUUUAUAAUUAUGCUCAUCAUAUUAAUGUAACGGAUAUUGUUCCUGGUACAAAUGGGAGCACUAAAGUAAUCUGCCCAGGUGAUGCAGGCAAGGAAGUACCAGGAAACAGAACCUGGAUGCUUUCUUCUACCGGUGAUUCAGGAUUUGAGGAAUUUGAACGGCUAUGGAGCAAAUCGAAAACGGUCCCUCUUUACUUGAGCAUCCUUGUUCUGCUAUUGAAUUUCAAGUCUCCCUCUUUCUUUGCCAAAUUCAACGUCUUAGGUACCGUUUCAGUCAUCUACCUAGUUAUCCUCGUUACUGUGAAAGCUGCUCUCUUGGGAUUCCAUUUAGAAUUUGACUGGUUUAAAUCAACCACAUAUUUUGUACCAGAGUUCAGGACUCUGUUUCCUCAGCUUACAGGGGUGCUGACUCUGGCCUUCUUUAUUCAUAAUUGUGUAAUUACACUGCUUAAGAACAACAAGAACCAGGAAAGCAAUGUCAGAGAUCUUUCCAUUGCCUAUUUUCUGGUGGGUUUAACUUAUCUCUAUGUUGGGAUAUUAAUCUUUGCUGCUUUUCCAUCUCCACCAUUAUCUAAAGAAUGCAUAGAACAGAAUUUUUUAGACAACUUCCCCAGUAAUGACAUCAUGUCAUUUCUGGCAAGAAUAUUCCUGCUGUUCCAGAUGGUGACUGUGUAUCCACUGCUUGGAUACUUGGCACGAGUUCAGCUAUUUGGACACCUCUUUGGAAAUGUUUACCCAAGUUUCCUACACGUGCUGGUUUUGAAUAUAGCCAUGGUAGGAGUUGGAGUUGCGAUGGCUGUGUUUUACCCAAACAUAGGAGGAAUCAUAAGGUAUUCUGGAGCAGCUUGCGGCCUGGCCUUUGUAUUUGUGUAUCCAUCACUCAUCUACAUGAUCUCUUUGCACCGGGAAAAUCGACUGACGUGGUUGGCUAUAGUUGUCCAUAGUACGAUAAUCCUUCUGGGAGUAGCUAACUUAAUUGCACAGUUCCUAAUGUGAACAUAAAUCUUAAGGUCAGUUUCUUUUUCAAGAGAAGAUUCAAUAGGUUACCUUGAGCAACAGCAUUGUAAAAACUGUGGACUGCCUAUCUGUGGGGGCCAAAUUCUUCCAAAGAAAAGCUGUAUUUUAAAACAAAACGUCUCUUCAAGAAAUGGAUGGUAUACAUUGGAACACGUAGUACAGUGUGGCAAACUGAACAGCCCCAGUGAAUUUGAUGAAACAUCAAGUAGAAGUGCAAUUGGGAUUAAUUAAGCUUAAGUUCUUAGGUAAAUGCAUAUAUUUUUUUUCAAAGGGAAAUAGGCACAUGAUAAACUUUAUAUAUAGAAACGGUUGGUUGACUUUUCUUGCAGCAUAAUAGAAUUAAGGGACUCUGCUGAU